UUUCUUCACAGACUGAGUCAGCUGCACAGGGUAACCAUGCCAACCGCCAGGAGCAAGAAGAAGAAGCCGAAGAAGGAUGUUGCCAACAGUGAGGAGCAGGGCGAAGUGGGUCUGGAGCUGGAGACGGAGGAGGCGACCACUAGGAGCCGUUCUAACAGCAGAGACCUUCUGACCCCGGAGCCGCAGGAUCCAGCACCACAGAGGAAGAAGAAAAAGAAGAAGGCGUCUACUUUUGAUCAGGAAGCAGAGCACGCGGACGUGCCAAACGGCAACAUGGCCGAAUCCGAUAUGGACGGAGAGGAACGGACUGUCGCUGUAACCAGGAAGACCAGAAGGAAGAAGAAGGUGAAGGCAAUGGAGCACUACAGCAAUGACCUCGGAGCCGAAGACAACGAUAUCAUCUCAGACACACAGUCCCCGAUCCCCCAGCAUUCCCUGUUCUCCGCCCCCCAUGGACACAGCCAGCCGGUCGGCAAAGUCUUUGUGGAGAGAAACAGGCGUUUCCAGGCAGAGCGAGUUGAGCAUCUCCGACAGUCAGAGCUGAUGGAUGACUACAUGGACCCCAGACAGAUCUGGACUACCAGAGACGUCGCUAUGAGGGUCCACAGUGGCUUCAGGGUGAUCGGUCUGUUCUCUCACGGCUUCCUGGCCGGCUAUGCCGUGUGGAACACCAUCGUGGUGUACGUGUUGGCGGGCGAGCAGAUGACGACGCUGCCCAACCUGCUGCAGCAGUACCACCUGUUGGCCUACCCGGCCCAGUCGCUGCUCUACCUGCUGCUGGCCGUCAGCACCGUGUCGGCCUUUGACAGGGUGAACCUGGCCAAAGCCUCCAUGGCUCUGAGAGGCUUCCUCACGCUGGACCCCACGGCUCUGGCUUCUUUCUAGUUUUUGAUGACAAUGGAAGUGGAGGGAUACCUGAGAGGAGACAACAAUCUGGACAUCCCUGCCUAAAAACCUGUCUGUCUGACUGUCUGUGUGUGUGUGUGUGUGUGUGUCUGUCUGUCUGUCUGACGUUUACUGUGUGUGU